AUGUUAGUGGCCCACCUCGGCUUCUUUCUGAUCCUCCAAGCUACUUUUAUAGCUGGACGCGGGAAUCAAGUAUACGAUUUACCAGGCGGUGGACAGGUGGUUUUCGUUUCACCAUUUGGGGAUUCAAAUUCAAAGCCACAACACAAACAUAAGGAGAGAUACCCAGACGGCAUUAAAGUUAUUCAAUUGGGAGGUUCCAAUGGUCCAAAUAACAACAGAGACUCGAACCUUCCGGACGGAAUCUGGGAUUAUUUGAAACUACAAAACAUCACGAAGGACCAAUUCCCAUCCGGUUUUCAAGUUAUCCAAUUGGGAGGUGACAACGGUCCGCAUAGAAGGCGUAACCAUGACGACAACGAUGAUGAUGAUGAUGACGAUGAUAAUGCACUGCGAAAAAUAUUCAAAAUGUUCCGAUUUGGCUUAAGACGAGGAGGCCAUCGCUCCAAUUCCCAAUUUCUGAAUCUCCAAGGAAGGGAUCUCGGUAAUCACCGGUCCUUGGAGCAGGACAGGAGGGAUUAUAGCCAUCUGGUGGCUACCACUAAACCGGAUGUACCCCGAACUCGGGUCAAGAUUAUACGGCAAAAUGUGCCCCGUAGGAUGAUGGUAAGGAAUCUCAGGAGCAGCCAAGCUCACUUGACCAAUAUGCAGACUCUCAGCUUUCCCGUCUUUGAGGAUGAGUGGCAGAUGACCUAG